AUGGCAGACAAAAUCGAAAUGAGUCUGGAUGAUAUCAUCAAAUUGCAGCGGUCACAGCGCGGCGGUAAUCGUCGAGGAGUCUCUCGUUCCGGCGAAGGAGGUGGCGGACCAAGCCGUGCACGUAAUGGAACAUCUGGUGGCGGAAAACCACUUGUUGGUGGUGUCCUAAAGGGGCGCAACCGAGGCGGAAUUCAACGUUCGAAAAACACACGAGGCGACGUAAACAGCGCUCGGAAGCAUGACAAGCGCGAGGGAGCUCGCAAAAGCCGUCUUUUGGCGGCAGCCGAACUUGGAAUAGGAGGACCUGUCGGACAGGGCAACACCAAGCUGAUGGUAUCAAACCUGGACUUCGGCGUAUCAGAGUCUGACAUAAACGAACUGUUUGCAGAUUCUGGACCAUUGAAAAGCGCAUCAAUGCAUUAUGAUCGAUCGGGUAGAUCACUGGGCACAGCAGACGUUGUGUUCAAACGUCGGGCUGACGCAAUAAAAGCAAUGAAACAGUACAAUGGAGUUCCGUUGGAUGGACGGCCGAUGAGCAUACAACUAGCGACCUCGGAUAUCCCAUCACCUCGCGUGCCUCGGCUGGGUGGCGGAAGUGCUCCUACUCGUUCACCACGCAGAAAGGUUAGCAAUGGACCGUCAAGAGGAGGCAACCGAAGGAACCAUCGAGGUGGAGGUCCCCGCCAGCAGCAACGGGAAACAAAAACAGCGGAGGAAUUAGAUGCUGAACUGGAUGCGUACGCUAAAGAUAUAAAGUGA